GGAAUGUAGAUGAAAAGAAUAGUUUUAAUAACAGGUGCCAAUAGAGGAUUAGGAUUAAAACUUGCUGAAGUACUUGCAGAGAAAUACUCUUUGAUAUUAACUGCUAGAAAAGUAGAGGAAUUAGAGAAGAUUAAAAUAAAUUUAGAAAAGAAAUUCUAAAAUGUUGAAAUCCGUACUCAUCAAUUGGAUAUAAGCAAAAAAGAUAGUGUAUCUAAGUUAAAAGAUUGGUUGAUUAAAGAAUAAUUAAAGAUAGAUGUACUUGUGAAUAAUGCUGGAGUAAUUGAAAAUCCAAGAUUAAUAAUUGAUAUUAAUGUAAUAGGAACUAUUGAUGUAAGUGAAUAAUUGUUACCAACAUUGACAGAUGAUGGAAAGGUAGAUUAUUCAUUGAUUAAAUUAAGAUUCUUUUAGUAUCAUCUAUUUUAGGAAAAUUGAAUAAUUAACCAAAAGAAUUAAAAGAGUAAUUAUAGUAUAAAAAAACAAAGGAAGAAAUUAUUGAACUUUCUGAAUAAUUUAUUAAAUCAAAUGAUAAUAGUCGUAUAGUGUAUUCAGCAUCUAAAGCAUUAUUAAAUGCAUAUGGUAGAUAUGUUUUGAGUGGAUUAGUUAAACCGAAUUAAUCAAUAUUUUGUAUGCAUCCAGGAUGGUAAGAAUAAUUCAUAUUAAAAAUAAUAGGAUUAAAACUGAUAUGGGAGGACCAUAUGCUCCAGGUAAUCUAGAUGAUGGAGUAGUUACUAGUCAAUUUUUAAUCAACAAUCUUCCUUUUUAGAGAAAUGAUAAGUACCAUGCCAAAUAUUUCAAUGAUAAAGCUAAAGUUGAAGAUUUCUGA